AUGGAAGCUUCCAUAUGGGAACGGGAAGAAGACGAAGACGAAGACGAAGGGGAAGAAGACGGAGACGGAGAAAACGAAGAGGAAGUAGACGAAGGGGAGGAAGACGAAGACGAAGGGGAAGAAGACAGACACGAGGAGUAUACAGAGUUUCUGGCAAGCUGGGACUGUUUCGAGCAGAUGACGCAGUUGCGCUCAAUUCUGUUCACAUACGAUCCUGACAUCUUCAAUCGCGACACAUACAUGGAAGAGCCAGAUCUCCAACCAGAGGUAUUUGCCAGCAAUUUCUUCCAAUACCUCGAUGCGCGUGGUUGGUGUCCUAGCUUAGACGUUCUGGUCACUGGCGUCCCGGUAGAUCUCGAGGAUAUAGAAGAUGUUGAACCUGGCUAUGCACACGCACUAGAGUUCAAGACUCCACAUCCAUGGCACUGCUUUGUCAAGGGCAAGUAUGAAUGUGUACCGGCACAUGUACUGCGAUCUUAUCAGCCUGGGUACAACAUGCCAGACAUCAUUCCACGAGCGGAUUGGAUGGAUUCCACUUCUGGAGAGUCCUGGGGGUUCUUGGCUGAUCGCGAAUCUAACAUUUCAAUUGGAUAG